AUGCCCGGGACCGCAGGACGGAUCGCCAUUAGCAAGCAAAAGCCAACACGUGUCCUGGCUUCCGCACACGUGGCCUUCCGCCGAGCGGAGUUCGGGUUUCCUGGCGGACAAUCGGCAGGCAUUUUUUUGGUCUUUUUUCGGGAAACGCUCGUGUUUCAUUUAGCUUUAUCCCCGGCUCGUUAUCCCUGUUCUGCCUUGUUGAAUGGUCGCCUGAACCCCUUCGGAUGUACCCGUCGUUCAUUGGUGCUCAUCGUCGUCCUACGUCCUUCUUAUCGCUUCUGAUUCGACAGGGAUGAACAACCUGUCCGCGGUUCUCUUUCCUGGGUUCGUGCGCGUGAAUGGAAAUG